UUUUUAUUCUAUACUAGUGCUGCUGCAGGCGGUCUGUAGAUUCAUCGAGAUUCACUCGUUCGCAAAGAGGUUAAUUCGGUCGUCCAGUGUCCGGUGCCAUCGACCACCUUACCAUUGUUAAAUGUAACAGUGAUCGUAAUUUUAUUCGAAUAUCGCCAGAUUAAUCACUGAAAAAUGAGUUACCACCGGGGAGGUGGUAACAAGCCAAAGGGCUUUGGCUUCGCUGGAUUUCAGAUGGCUGGAACCAAGAGAAGCGGCGUCAACAUUCCGCCACCUCCGAACAACUCGACUCUCAGCAAACAGGGCUAUCAUACAAUGAAUUCUAUAACCGAGAACGCUCUAUCUGCAAACUGGGGGAUACCUAAAAAGCGAAGCAAAACUGAGGAAGAAUAUUUUGAGGAUGAUGACGAUGCGCCGACUUCCUCAUUGGAAUAUAUCCCUGCGCCUGGUUCUCCGACCUACGAACUUAUGAAGAAAGACAAUCGAAAACAGGAAAGUGACAGUGACGAGGAUCCACUCGACGCGUUUAUGGCUGGAAUCGACGCUGAAGUUAAAAAGAAUACAUUCGAAGCUGAGCUGGCUGAAGAGAUGAGAAUGGAAGACAAAUCCAAGGGAAUCAGAACUGAUAUCGAUGAUGAAGACGACGAGGAGAGUUACUACAAAUAUAUGGAAGAAAACCCUACAGCAGGGCUUCAGCAAGAUGACUCGGAUCAGGAGAUUGAGUAUGACGAAGAUGGGAACCCAAUACCACCACCAAAAAAGAAGGACAUUGAUCCCUUGCCUCCGAUUGAUCACAGUGAAAUAAACUACGAACCAUUUGAAAAGAAUUUCUAUAACGUACACGAGGAGAUUGCAAAUUUAAACAAGCAGCAAGUCGAGGACUUACGGCAGACCUUGGGAAUCAAAGUGACCGGUCCUUCUGCGCCCAAUCCAGUCACCAGCUUUGCACAUUUCGGAUUCGACGAUGCUUUGAUAAAGUCGAUUAGAAAAAACGAGUACACUCAGCCGACUCCCAUUCAGGCACAAGCGAUACCUGCUGCUCUGAGUGGCCGGGAUUUGAUAGGAAUUGCUAAAACUGGUAGUGGAAAAACAGCGGCGUUUAUUUGGCCGAUGUUGGUGCACAUUAUGGAUCAGCAAGAACUAAAGCCAGGCGAUGGGCCAAUCGGUCUGAUAUUAGCGCCAACCAGAGAAUUAUCACAGCAGAUAUACCAAGAGGCUAAGAAGUUUGGCAAGGUAUAUAACAUACAAGUAUGCUGUUGCUACGGAGGUGGCAGUAAAUGGGAGCAAAGCAAAGCCUUGGAAGGAGGUGCGGAAAUAGUCGUUGCUACUCCUGGUCGAAUGAUCGAUUUGGUCAAGAUGAAGGCUACCAAUUUGGCUAGAGUCUCAUUUCUCGUGCUUGACGAAGCUGACAGAAUGUUUGACAUGGGUUUUGAACCACAGGUAAGGUCGAUUUGCAACCAUGUCAGACCAGACAGACAAACGCUACUGUUCAGUGCGACUUUUAAGAAGAGGGUUGAAAAACUGGCACGUGACGUGCUCACGGAUCCUAUAAGGAUUGUCCAAGGAGAUGUAGGAGAAGCUAACACAGACGUGACGCAACACGUUGUCAUGUUCAACAGUAAUCCUGCUGCCAAAUGGUCUUGGCUACUGCAUAACAUUGUUGAAUUUCUCAGCGCUGGUAGUUUACUCAUAUUUGUAACUAAAAAGCUAAACGCUGAGGAGGUCUCGAACAAUCUAAAAUUGAAGGAAUUCGAUGUUCUCCUGUUGCACGGUGAUAUGGACCAGAUCGAACGAAACAAAGUUAUCACUGCUUUCAAGAAACAAGAAAUAAGUAUACUUGUCGCUACCGAUGUUGCAGCUCGCGGCUUGGAUAUCCCUCACAUAAAAACGGUACUGAAUUACGAUGUGGCGCGCGACAUAGACACGCACACACACAGGAUAGGAAGGACAGGUCGAGCAGGAGAAAAGGGAACAGCGUUCACUCUGGUCACUGACAAAGAUAAAGAAUUCGCUGGUCAUUUAGUGAGAAAUUUAGAGGGAGCGAAUCAAGAUGUACCGAAAGGUCUGCUCGAUCUGGCCUUGCAAAGUGCCUGGUUCCGAAAAUCGAGAUUUAAAGGUGGAAAAGGCAAAAGCUUGAACGUCGGUGGUGCAGGACUCGGGUUCAGAGGUCGAGUGUCCGAUGGGACAAACAGUGGACAGAGUGGCGGAUCCUCGAAUCCGGCAUCGAAAGACAUCAGCGAAGUAGUCAAAAAAUUGGAGAGACAUGGACCGGGAAGCGAUCGACUCUCGGCGAUGAAAGCUGCCUUCAAAAGCCAGUACAACACUCAGUUCCGUGCGUCUUCGGAUCACACGUGGGAGCAAACGAUUCAGCCAGCAUCCGUCGUGAUGCCCCCGCCUCCGCCAAUGCUACCCUCUUCUUCACCUCCUACGUCAGCCGCCGGUCUCAGCGAGCAGUCGGAGGGCCAGGAAUAUCAGAAUUCUAACUCUGCGGCAACGGGAGAAAGGCGGAGGGUCAGAAAGAGUCGAUGGGAGUGAGUCGGAUUAAAAUUGCUGCCAAGCCAUAUCAGUGAGCCCAAAUCUACGAUUAUUCUAUCAUCGCAAAUACACCGACUGCAAAGCCUGUUUUGUUUUAUAUUAUUAUAAUGAAAAUAAAUCCUCAUUUUACCAAUUCCGUGCGAGUCGUGUGCCAAUUUGAUCCUUAGGUUCCUGUUUAAUCAUAUUUAUUGAUAUACGAAAGAUAAAGUUGAUUCAACGAUCAUACAUCUUUUACAUUAGUUUGUCCUCUGCACGAGUUACAUAAUUUUCUAUUUCCAACAACGAUCAGAUUUAUAGGGAAGGGUUCACAGCAUCCAGUAAAUGGUCUUUUAGCUUGUUUCGCAUUCACCCAAAACUCCUAGCCAUGAUCAAUUUACACUCAAGAUACAAAUGCGAUCCGCUAUAAGAUGAUUUAGGGCUCCGCUGUGAUCCGCAAUAUUUAUGUAUUUUCCAGAGAAACAAUAGAAUUAGGCAAGAUGUACUUCUCAAUGGUCAAAUUUAUACUGCUUGUAUUGCAACAUAUAGUGCUAAUCGCAGAUUACUAGUUAUCUAGUACAUCAUAUUAUUUCCGAUACAAUAAUGAGUCGUUACUAGAUUUAUCUCUAUUUUUAAUAUAAAACUGCAA